AUGCUAGAUCAUCCUGGUGUUGUGAAGUUGGAAGCCAACAUCUGUAAGCGCAAUUCGAUCUACCUAAUGCUAGAAUUGAUGAGUGGAGGUGAUUUGCGGGAAUUUUUAAUUGACGGGGGACAACUUGAAGAAUCCACUAUUACUGAUUUCGGUCUAUCCAAGUUGGUAAAAGACGACACCAUCUGCAAGACAUAUUGUGGCACACCACUUUAUUUAGCUCCAGAAGUUGUUUUAAUCGUCCUUCGUCGAUCAUAUACGGAGGUUGUCGAUGUUUGGAGCAUAGGGGUGAUGCUGUUUCUAAUGCUGUCGGGUUAUCACCCAUUUGACCAAUCCAAUCAUUCUUCAAGCGAUUCGCUGUCCACAAGUGACUACAUUGCUAGAGAAUAUAAGGUGACGUCGAUUGCAUACCUUAGGAUGUAUAAAACCCUGUAUCAAUGCGGUAAAGUUAGACCUUAUAUAUUUCACCAAAUAUACAGCUUCCAGGACACAACUUUACUUCCACAAAUUGCACAACAGCAGCAAAAGGAUUAUUUACAACACGAAGAAUUAGAUUUCCAAAUGGAAACAGAAUAUUUUGAAUACCCCGAACAAUCAGAAAUUGAAUACGAGAAUGCCAUGAGACUAUGGAGAAGGAAAGCCAAAAUAGACUGUGGACUAGGUUUCAAGACUUAUCUGAAGAACUUAGAAAACAUUCACGCUGAAGAGGCGGAACGGAAACGUCAAACGAGAAACCCUGAAGUAGUUCAGGCGCCUUUUAUGGCUCCAAAUGCAGUUCAGGCGUCCGUCAUGGCUCCAAAUGUAAUUCAGGCGCCCGUCAUGGCUCCAAAUGUAGCAGCCAAUGCUGCUACAGUUGGAGUAGUUGAAAACGCAUCCAUUCAAGAUGGUGGUAGGCGCAAUAGGAUUCUGGAUUAG